AAUUGUGCAUUAAAAACCAGAGGAAAAAAACAAAACUCAUCAUGUCUAUGGCCGGACAAACAAUCAACGACAGAUUAUUGGCUGCCAGGCACAGUUUGGCCGGUCAAGGUUUGGCCAAAUCUGUGUGCAAGGCCACAACGGAAGAGUGCAUUGGUCCCAAGAAGAAACAUUUAGAUUAUUUAGUACAUUGUACAAAUGAACCCAAUGUAUCAAUACCACAUCUGGCCAAUUUACUUAUCGAACGUUCACAAAAUACCCAUUGGGUGGUGGUGUACAAGGCCUUAAUAACCACACAUCAUUUGAUGGCCUAUGGAAAUGAGCGUUUUAUGCAGUAUUUGGCAUCAUCGAAUUCCACAUUUAAUCUAAGUAAUUUUUUGGAUAAAGGAGGUGUGCAAGAUGGUGGUAUGUCGGUACCUGGUGGCAGAAUGGGUUAUGAUAUGUCACCCUUUAUCCGACGUUAUGCCAAAUAUUUAAAUGAGAAAUCCUUGUCAUAUCGUGCAAUGGCUUUUGAUUUUUGUAAAGUUAAAAGAGGCAAAGAGGAGGGUUCCCUGCGCACCAUGCAUGCCGAUAAAUUAUUGAAAACCUUGCCCGUAUUACAAGCCCAAUUGGAUGCCCUAUUAGAAUUCGAUUGUCAAUCAAGUGAUUUAACAAAUGGUGUCAUCAAUAUGUCCUUUAUGCUAUUAUUCCGUGAUCUCAUUCGUUUAUUUGCCUGUUACAAUGAUGGUAUUAUUAAUUUAUUGGAGAAAUAUUUCGAUAUGAACAAGAAGCAGGCACGCGAUGCAUUGGAUUUGUACAAGAAGUUUUUGGUGCGCAUGGAUCGUGUUGGUGAAUUCUUAAAGGUUGCAGAGAAUGUUGGCAUCGACAAGGGUGAUAUACCCGAUUUAACUAAAGCACCCAGCUCCCUAUUGGAUGCAUUGGAACAGCAUUUGGCCACGCUGGAGGGACGUAAAGUUUCGGCCGCCAAUACUCCAACACAAACGGCAAGUAACAACCAAAAGAACGUUAAAUCUGCUGUCUCUGCCCUAUCUUCUACUAGCACUUCAUUUGGUACAGCUGCUGCUUCGAGUAAAUUCGAUACCACCAAUGGCAUUGAUGAACAGCUGAAGGCCCAGGCCUUGGCCGAUGAGGAGGCAGCCAUGAAUCAAUAUAAGUCAAAGGUCUCGUCACCAACCAGCGGCGGUGCUGCUGCCGCUAACGCUGCAUUAACAAAUCCAUUCUUAUCGUCACCACCAGCUACCCAGGCUAGUGCACCGAUAGUUGAUUUGUUUGGUGCCGCCUCAGCCCAGCCAGCCACAGCUGGCUCCACCGCCGCCGCUGGUGCUGCUACCAAAGCAUCAGAUGACCUACUACAAUUGGGUAAUCCAUUCGCCGAUAUGUUUGAUGCCCCAUUGGGUGCUGCUGCCGGUGGUACGGCCGGUGUUGCAACAGGUGCUAAUAAUCAUGUCAAUAAUAAUCAUUCAAAUAAUAUUUGGAUGAAUAAUAAUGGUUUCAAUGGAUCUUCAGUACCUUCGGCUGCGGCCAAUGCAUUUGUUUCGGACAGCAAUUUCUCUUCGGUAUUUGGUAAUACUGAGCCAGCCGGUUUUGAUGCCCUGGGUGAUGUCCUAAAGCCCGGCAUAACAGCCACCUCAGCCACAGCUGCCACGAUGGCUGCUGGCGGCGGCGGCCUCAAAACAUCCAUAAAUCAAACAAAUGUUAUAACUUCAGGUGACCACCAACAACAACAGCAGCAACAACAACCAGCCAGCACUGGAAAAAUCUUGACCGGCGAUUUGGAUAGUUCGCUAAUGUCGCUAGUAGAAAAUUUGAAUAUAAAUAAAACGGCUACCACAAAACCUGUGCAAUGGAAUUCACCGAAAAAUACCGCGAAACCCGGUGCUAAUUGGACACCUCAACCCAUGGCUGCUACAACUGGUGCUGGCUAUCGUCCAAUGGCACAUGGCAUGACUGUAAGUCCUGCGCCAAUCACAAUUAAUCAUCCGUAUAUACAUGCUAAUUAUCCUGUAAUACCAAAUUAUAUGCAGGGGAUGCCGGUGAUGGGACAACCUAUGAUGGGCCAAGCCCCUUUGACUGGCGUACCACCGACGAUGACAGCAGCGCCCAUGAUGAUGCCAAGUAAUCCAGCUGGUCUGAUGCAGGCAACACAGCAACAGCAGCCCGUCAUGCAGACGAUGAUGCAGACAAAUGGCGGCAAUAAAAGCGUACCCUUAGAUCCUUUUGGAGCGUUAUAAAUUACCACAACAACAACAAAACCA